AUGUUGCGGAAGAAGGACACCUUCACCGUCAUCACGCCCAUCCCGGGCUUUAUCCCCCGCCAACUCGCCAUUGAUAUUCUUCAUUCCCAUUCAGAAGUCAUCACGCUCAACCCGCUGGUUAUCGACCACAAGCCCAUCGCGGCGCCUCAAAAUGCCGAGACCGAUGAGUAUUACUCGACUUGGUAUGAGAUCACGGAGCGCCUCCAGCUCGUACCUGGAAUCGGCAAGAUGGGAUCCUCGACUAUCAAGUUCAACGGCUGCUUUCACGAUAUGCCCUGGGGACUUCAAACACACGUCUACGCGCCCAUGAAUAUCGACAUGCGCAGCACCUAUCGCAUCGCGGGUAACCAACCCGGUGUCGAGCCCCCCGAGGUGCCAGAGAUUGGCCUCAAAGCAUUAGGCGUACCUUCGGACGGACUCUACCUCCGCGAGGACAUCGAAAUCAAGUGCAACGUCACCAUGGUCAGCUAUGUCAGGUCUCAGAUGAAGAAGGCGUCGGCCGAAAUGGUGCAGAGGAUGAUCAAGAAGGCCGAGCUGCUGGAUGCCGGUGUGCUGUCAGCCAUGAUUGAGGACGGAAAGCUGAAGACGCUCAACCCAGCCGACAGACGCAACACUGUACGAUCACCAUUGCCGUCUCCUUCCAGUCUUCACUACUCACCGUCUAUCAACGGCGGCAGCACCCCGCCGCAGAUGCACUCACCAAGAAUGCCGUACCAAAUCCCCAGAGUCACAUCAGUGCACAACCCCUACGGACGACCCGGCACGGCAGGCUCUCAAGGGCCGGGGGGUCUCCAGCAGCAAAUCCAAGCAGCCCAGCAACAGCAGCAACAACCACCCCAAUACGGGCAAAUCCCCCAUGAUAACGGCCCCCAGGAACUCCCUGGCGUAGAGGCUGGCCAAACCAACAACAACAACAACUUUGCCGUCGAAAUGCCUGGCGACUUUGUCUUUGCCAACGUUGAUCCAAACCGCCCCCCCACCAACCACGGCAGUCCACACUCGCAGCAGGGCCAGUGGUCGAAUGCGGGUUCACGCCCGGCGAGUUAUCAGUCAAGCAUCACGUCUCCGAACCCUGAUCUGAAAGGGGGGUACCCAGGGCAGCAACAGCAGUUGGCGCCGCAUAGGGAGACGAAUGAGGAGCAUCACACGGGGCAGAGGAAGCAUGAUUCGAUUCAGAAGUCGCCUUAUGCGGCGUAUAACCCGGCUGAUUACGCAAAGGUUCCUUCGCCUUUGCAGCCGGGUGGGGGGCAGCAGCAGCAGCAGCAAGGGCAGCAGUAUACGCAGCAGCGGUAUGGAUAUUGA